AUGAAAUCUCAAAUCUUGGCCUUGUUGGCCUUUUUCAUGGUGGUGCCAACGAGUUCGUUGUACUUCCACAUUGCAGAGACUGAAAGGAAAUGUUUUAUCGAGGAAAUUCCAGAUGAAACUAUGGUUAUUGGAAACUACAAGGUCCAAUUGUAUGAUCCGAACACCAAGGGCUAUGGGGACUAUGCCGGUAUGGGAAUGCACGUCGAAGUCAAGGAUCCUGACGAUAAGGCAAGUUUUUUUGAUACUUUGCGUUUGAUUUUAGAAACUGUUCUACGUUAGAGGCGAGGAGAGAUGUCUGAAGUUGCUUUUAAUGUGUUAUACCUGUCUUUUUUAGGUGAUCUUAAGUAAACUCUACACCUCAGAAGGCCGUUUCACCUUUACUUCCCAUACCCCUGGAGAGCAUUUGAUCUGCCUUUACUCGAACUCUACCUCAUGGUUCUCGGGUUCUCAGCUUCGUGUUCAUCUUGAUAUUCAAGUUGGAGAGCACACCACUGACUAUCAACAAGUUGCGGCCAAGGACAAGCUCAAUGAACUUCAACUCAGGAUCAGACAACUCCUCGACCAAGUAGAACAGAUUACCAAGGAGCAGAAUUAUCAACGGUACAGAGAGGAGAGAUUCAGACAGACUUCUGAAUCGACAAACUCCCGAGUCCUUUGGUGGGCAAUUGCUCAAACCCUGGUCCUAGUCCUAUGCGGAGCGUGGCAAAUGCGACAUCUCAAAGGAUUCUUCGAGGCUAAGAAACUUGUUUAG